CGACAACACGGAAGAUGUGACUCUUAUGCUGGAGGAUUGACACAAACUUCACACGGAUCGUACAGUGAUUUACUAAAUUUGCAAAUUUUACAAUGGCCAGUUCUAGCGCGGACCCGACAACACUGUGCCUGUUUGAUGUGGACGGGACUUUAACAGCAGCUCGCCAGAAAGCAACUCCUAACAUGCAUCAGUUCUUGAAUGAUCUCAGACAGCGAGUGAGAGUCGGGGUGGUCGGAGGAUCAGACCUGGACAAAAUUAAAGAACAGUUGGGUGAUGAUGUUAUUAAUAGAGUGGAUUUUGUGUUUGCUGAGAACGGUUUGGUAGCAUACAGGUUUGGGCAGCUGCAUUCUGUGCAGAAUAUUCAGGCAUACUUGGGAGAGGAGGUUUUACAGGAUUUUAUCAAUUUCUGCCUCAAUUACCUUUCAAAGAUAAAACUGCCCAAGAAAAGAGGCACAUUUAUUGAAUUCCGUAAUGGAAUGCUGAAUGUCUCUCCAAUUGGUCGAAGCUGCAGCCAAGAAGAAAGAAUUGAAUUCUUUGAACUUGAUAAGAAGGAGAAAAUCAGAGAAAAGUUUGUCUCUGUUUUAAAGGAAGAGUUUGCUGGGAAAGGACUAGCUUUCUCCAUUGGUGGGCAGAUCAGCUUUGAUGUGUUUCCAGUGGGUUGGGAUAAGCGAUACUGUCUGGGAAUUGUAGAGAAAGACUCAUAUCAGCGCAUCCAUUUCUUUGGAGACAAAACUAUGCCUGGCGGAAACGAUUAUGAAAUCUUUGUAGACCCCAGAACAAUUGGUCAUGAGGUCAAGUCUCCUGAGGACACACAGAGGAUCUGCAAGGAGCUCUUCUUCAGCUCUGCCAUCCAGAAUGAAGUACAGUAGAAGAAUGCAAUGUCCAUGAACUGUGAAAUUAUGAAUAGAAAUCUCACUUGACAUGUCCAAGCCAUUAU